UGCAGUUAUCAGUCUAUCGUUCGUGCUUUCGGAGUAAACGCUCGUAACUAUCAGAUCGGUAUUCAAAAACGAUCGUUUGUUCCGUUAAGCGAUGGCGCUGAUCAUGCAUUCUGGGAGUGUAAACAAGAAUGUUUACAAGGCGCUAAUUGCUGCAGAAUAUCUUGGUGUUGACAUUAAGAUGGCUGAUAAUUUUCAGAUGGGUGUGUCAAAUAAGACCCCUGAGUUUCUUAAGAUGAACCCUAUUGGAAAGAUUCCUGUCCUUGAGACUCCUGAUGGGGCUGUCUUUGAGAGUAAUGCAAUUGCUCGUUAUGUUGCCCAUCUGAAGCCUGGAAAUUCUCUUGUUGGCUCUUCACCAAUAGAAUAUGGCCAAAUUGAGCAGUGGAUCGACUUUUCUUCAUUUGAGCUUGAUACAAAUUUUAGGGGCUGGAUCAUGCCAAGACUUGGAUAUGCUACCUACAUCCGUCCUGCUGAGGAGGCUUAUAUUGCCGGUGCGAAGAGAGGUCUUGAAGCUCUGAACACACAUCUUGCUUCACAUACUUUCUUGGUUGGUCAUGCCGUGACCUUGGCUGACAUCAUCUUGACAUGCAACAUGUUGUACGGCUUUAAAAUGCUGAUGACAAAGAGCUUCACUUCUGAGUAUCCUCAUGUUGAGAGGUAUUUCUGGACCAUGGUUAAUCAACCCAACUUCAGUAAGAUAAUUGGUGAAGUCAAGCAAGCAGAUGCUGUUCUUCCUAUUCCUUCAGCAAAGAAGCCAGAACAGCCAAAGGAGGCUAAACCAAAACCCGAGCCUAAAAAAGAAGCCCCCAAGCCCAAGCCUGAAGCUACUGCCGGGGAGGAGGAAGAGGCACCAAAGCCCAAGGCAAAGAACCCUCUUGAUUUACUACCCCCAAGCAAGAUGGUUCUUGACGACUGGAAGAGGCUUUACUCCAACACCAAGACCAACUUCCGCGAGGUUGCAAUUAAAGGCUUCUGGGAUAUGUAUGAUCCAGAGGGCUACUCUCUUUGGUUUUGCAACUACAAGUACAAUGAUGAGAACACUGUCUCAUUUGUUACCAUGAACAAGGUUGGUGGUUUCCUGCAGAGAAUGGAUCUUGCACGGAAGUACGCUUUUGGAAAGAUGCUCAUCAUCGGGUCUGAGCCACCAUUCAAGGUGAAGGGAUUGUGGCUAUUCCGUGGGCCAGAAAUCCCCAAGUUUGUAAUGGAUGAGUGUUAUGACAUGGAGCUGUAUGAGUGGACCAAGGUCGAUCUUUCUGAUGAAGCACAGAAGGAGCGAGUGAACCAGAUGAUCGAAGACCAGGAGCCUUUUGAAGGUGAAGCUCUUUUGGAUGCAAAGUGUUUCAAGUGAGAGAGAGAGAGUACUAUGAGCCACCAAACCAAAUCUUGAGGGUGUAGGUUUUUUGUUUCAAGUGUGUUUUAGGUACUGUUAUAUGCGCGAACUAUAUGUUUUUUGUGAUGUUUUUCCACCGUAUUAUUAUAAUUUAUUAUCGAGGUUGGUCACUUGUCGAUUGA